AUGGAGCAGGGCAGAGAGACCUUCUACUGUGACGAGGACACAUUUGGCAAUGUCUAUCAAAUGAUGACAACUCUGGGACGAGGAGCCUUUGCCACAGUCAAACUGGCCUUUCACGUGCCCACUGUCAGCUACGUGGCUGUGAAGAUUCUGGCAAAUGGGAAGGGGAACUGUGCCCGGAACAACAAUGAGGUCGAUAUAAUGAGAUCCCUCGUUCAUCCGCACAUAAUCAAGUUCUUUCAGGAGGUGCAGACACGGGAGAUGACGUAUCUCAUAAUGGAUUACGCCUCAAAGGGGGACCUGUUGCGUCAGAUUCGCAAACCGGGAGGCUUACAGGAGUGCGAGGCUCGAAGGCUGUUUGCACAGGUAGUACAGGCAGUGAAGUACUGCCACGACAACUGUAUCGUCCACAGGGACAUUAAGCCAAAUAACAUCUUGAUCGACGCCUCUGGGAAUGCCAAGCUCUGUGAUUUUGGCCUGGCAGUCAGAGUUGUCCCUGGGACAAAACUAAAGCCUUUCUGCGGCACUCUGGCCUACUGUGCCCCGGAACUCUUCGGAGUGGAGCCAUACGAUGGCUAUGCCAGCGAUAUGUGGAACUUAGGCGUGCUCCUCUACUACAUGGUGGCCAGGCACCUUCCGUUCCAAGCCAGCUCUUCUAGGGGCUUGAAGCAGCAAAUUUUGGCUGCAAACUUCAGCGUUCCUCAUCAUGUCCCACUUGAUAUUUUCAACGUCAUCGUGGAAAUCUUCAUGAUCAGCCCCAACAGGAGGCCCACCAUCAGUCAGAUCCUGAGGCGCCCCAUGAUCAGGGACAGCCAGGCACGGGCAUCCAUCCAGAGUCUCCCAGGCACCCCGAGCCCUAGCAUUGUCGGCACCAUGGCAGGCAUGGGGUACCAACGUGAAGAAAUGACUGAGUGUCUAGAAGACCAAAAAUUUAAUCCGGUGAUGGCCACAUACCUGAGUCUGCAACACCAGGCACCCAGGGGAGACUGCUGCCAUCACCGGGUGAAACCCACAAAACCCAUGGAGCCAGGCCUUGUCCUCAGCCUGGCUGAUCUUCACAUCUUUUCUGGGACUCUCGGGAGAGCUGCUGAGCCUACUCCCCCAACCUUCAUCAUGCCAUCUGAGCCCCAGGAGAAAGAAGAUGAGAAUUCCAGGCAGGGUGGCAGAAGGCAUAGCGUGCCUGCCACCCUGUGCUGCCAGCCUAGGAGGAUCCACCCUGCCCACCUAUCCCACCUGCGCUGUCCUGUGGCUGAUUCCCUCAUGAGCAGUAGCCUGGAGAGCAGCAAGAGUUUCUCGAAGAGCAGUAGCCUGGAGAGCAGCAAGAGUUUCUCGAAGUCGGAGAUCGGUUUGUGUGGCAGCCUGACGGCGAGUGCCCAGCCAUCCUGCUCUCUAUACCACUCUCUUGGGGCAGGCCACAAUGAAGCUGCAAAUGAUGGAGAGAAACUCUGGAGCUCACUGGGGACAGCUCUGUGUGUAACCCCCAAAGGCUCCUCCCUUGGGGACACACUGCAGGAAGAAGUGACCACCAGACAGGAAGAGGCCAUCAGCCAUGGUCAGCCCCAGGAUGCCGGGCCAACUUCCUCCCGAAACCAGAGGCGUCACCGCUGGAAGAGGCUCAAGAAAACCAUUGUCAAUGCUUUCCUACACCUAUGUUGCUGCCUGCCUCCUGCAGAGAGAAAUCAUUCCUCCCAUGAGAACCAGGCUCCACACUCAGCAGAUCCUAGAGGCACCCACAGAACCAGGUGA